AUGUGUUCAGGUGGCUUUGCCAAGUGUCUGGUCAGUCUGAUGCCUCUGGCGAUUGUGUGUGUGCUGUGUAACAUCCUGCUCUUCUUCCCCGGUGGAACAUCUGUCGAGUCACACAUCACAGAGCAAGUCUGGUACUUUGGAGGCAUUCUGGGAUCUGGAGUGCUGAUGAUCUUUCCGGCUCUGGUCUUCCUGGGUCUGAAGAACAACGACUGCUGCGGUUGCUGUGGCAACGAAAGCUGUGGGCGGAGAUUUGCGAUGCUGAGUUCCAUACUGUUUGCAGCUGUGGGUGUUGUGGGGGCUGGUUACUCAGUUAUUGUUUCUGCUGUGGCCAUAAACCAUGGACCUCAGUGUGUGGUUAGCGGUAAUAGCACAUACAAGAAGUGGGAUACUCCCUUCUCAAAUGGCGACUACCUGUCCAACAAAACUGCCUGGUCAACGAUAUGUUUAGAGCCGGCUGGCGUGGUGUCCUGGCAUCUCUCUCUGUUCUCUGUGCUGCUGGUCAUGGGUUUAAUCCAGAUGGCGCUGUGUGCUGUGCAGGUGGUGAACGGCCUGCUGGGAUGUCUGUGUGGGGACUGCUGUGGAGGGAGUGAUGGAGCCUGAAGUUUGACCACGUCCUACAGCUAUGAGAGUCUGCACGCGGCUGUUUCCUGUUUUUAGAGGACGACACUAGUUUCUUGCUUUACGCCAUAGCUGUACAUUUUUGCAUAAGAGCUCAUUGAUUACAUUGUGCCGACUAUGGGACAACACUGUUGAAAUGACAGAGCUCUAAUUGAAAGGCUUUUCUCUCUAGCAAACACUAAUGACUAAUGACUCUCUGAUGAAUCUUCUCAUUAUUGUGAACACUAACACUGAACUGUAGUUAAUAAUUUUCCCUCCUGCUAUACACAAAUCAGUGAAUAAAGAUCCUAUUUUAUAUAUUUAUCAAAAGCAGAUAGGACCAUGAUAUAGGAUAGGGUCAUACUAUUGCUUAAAAUACUGUUUGUUUUUCGUAUCUAGUUUAAACAAAGCAACAACCUGAUAGAAAUGAUCUCUCUUGAGAGAAGAUAUUUCUGUUGCAUGACUGCCCCCUGCUGGUCAUUUUGUCUAGAAUGCAUGAGUUUGAUGGGGGUUAAAAGGUCAUAGAGCCAGAAAAACAUAUCCUGUAUCAACCAUAGACUGUAAAACUAUAUAUGUAUAAACUAUAUAUAAUUUUGUUAACAGUCUGGUUACAGUAUGGUAUCGACACCAUCAUUAAAAUCUAACAUGGAGGCUACUUCUCAAUGAAUAUGUUAACUUGGACACUCUGUUAUGAUGAAUGUUGCUCUUUGAAUUUGAACUUCAACAGAAUGCUUUUAUUUCAAAAUGUUGUUCCAACGGACUUUAGUGCAAUUAUUGUCAUGAACGAUCAUGAAAAAUGUGUUAUGGAGGUGUUUUCUAGUAUCAGUGUGUGCCACAGGAAAAUACUUCACACCAAUUACUCACUGUAGGGAUGGACGCAACUGUCAUAAGGCUUUUUUCACUUCUCUUUUGUACAGACUAACAUGUCGGCCCUUUUAUGACGAGGCACUAACUUGUGUGAUGUGUUAUUAAAGUACGUCGUUCUGUA